AUGGACCCCCCCAAAGGGGACGGGCCCGAUGGCUCAUCUAUUAAACCCGUGUCGUCGCUUCGAGCGCGAUUCGAAAACAUAACCACCACCAACUCCAACAAACCUGCCGAUGUCCCCGCACCGCUUCCAACACCGUCACGAUCCAUCUCCCCGGCACCCAAGCCAGACCGACUUCGAGACUUCAAGGCAACACAGGAGCCAGCACUCGUUUCUUCAACCCCAACAGUACCUGCUAGGCCUCAAGUGCGGCCCAAGUCAGCUAUCUUUUCAACCGUCAGCCAAGACCAGAAUGCCCCUCCUCCAGUGCCUCCUCCUUCCACACGACCGAUCCCAGCCGCCAAACCGCAAGCUGUCCUACAACAUGCGCCGCCUCCUCCAGCUGUCAUGGUCCAACCUCCCCAAUCGCCGCCCAAGGGACGCAUUACCGGGCUGGGGGUGACCGAUCAGUCUCCCUUCCUCAAUCCCGAUGCUAUUGCGGCCCCGAGUACACCUGGAGGCUCUCCUAGACAGUUCAAGAUCCCAAGCCGGCCACACACUCCCUCUGUUUCUGUGAGUCUACCUCGCUCCCCACGAGCAGGUGGAUCGCAGCCCCCGUCACCGCCUCCACCAAGACGGUCUGCCGAAUUCAGUAGGGAAACGAAGACUGCCCCUCCGCCUCCCGCUCCUCGCAACAGCGGCAAGCCCCUGAUCUCUUCGUCAAAACCCAGCACAUCACCAGACCCACAGAGUCAACAACUUAACAGAAGAGGCGACAUUUGCCAGGAAACAUCUCCGUUCAACAGUCCUCCCAGCAGUCUUGAAUCCCACGAUGCUCCUCCGAAACUCCCCACCAGACCAAGGCCUCAAGGUCAAGCCGACUUGGCUCCUCGUCCGCGCUCCGUCAUUAUCGGAUUCGACCCUGCAUCAGGUCAUCACUCCAUUUCCAAUAUGAGAAAGGAUCGGGAGCCCGAAGCCAAUGGAACGUUUAAAGGUCACAUCACUCCUCAACCCACUGGGGAGCCUCGCCCUGCCCUACCAGCGAGGCCCCCAAUCUUUGAUAUUCCGCCUCGAUCACCUGCUGCGAAUAACAACAGCAUGAAGCCUCCGCCCCGGCCACCGCGACCAAUCUCGUCUGCCCAACCUGUAGACAUUCCCCUCACUUCGACUCCCCCGAAGAGAGUUGUGUCAACUCCGACCCAACAGCAACAACUAGCUCCUCCAACACGAGCACAUGGGAGAUCUAUGACAAUAGACAGAACAUCGGACCGAGCCCCCGUCGAGUUUCGUAUUAUCCCAGCAUCACCAACAGUGAUUGCGCCUUCAAAAGUAACUGCAACUCCAACUGCAGUUACCUUGCCAGCAAAGCCGAUACAAUCUACGCCCGUCGCUGUCAAGCUUGCACCAAAGUCCGAACCAUUGAAUCACGUAACAGCUUAUCCCGAUGCCUCGAACACGAAUCGUCGCCCCCCGUACAUCAAACAAGGUUCCUUUGAGAUCGCGACCAAGUAUGAUGCGAGGACAUUUGAUGUCUGCGGUGAAUUCGUCUGCGCAAGUGGCCACAUGACAAGAGUGUGGAGCUUACUAGACGGCGAGAUGGUCAUGAGCCUGUCACACACGGAAGGGAUCAAGGCCACUGCAGUCGCAUUCAAGCCAGCCGCUGAUCCGCGGGAGGAAGGCAAACGGUUGUGGAUCGGUACUAACACAGGAGACCUCAUGGAGGUGGAAAUUGCGACACAUGCCAUCACACCAAGCAAGCCAAAUAUCCACGGACGCAAUGAAGUAUCAAAGAUUUAUCGCCACUUCAACGAACUUUGGACCCUGGAUGAGUCUGGCACCUUGCUCGUUUGGGGACCUGACGACAAUUCCGUUUCGAAUCUCACUGGAAACCCAACCCAGAGCUACAAAGUUCCCAAGGGUCACACGUUCUCCAUGGUGAUUGGCGAGGAUCUUUGGCAUGCCACAGGCAAAGAAAUCCGUAUCUUUGCACCAGCGGCCGAUGGCCGAGCACAAUUCCAGGUCCUAGUUCGGCCCCUGAGCGUGGAUAGCGCUGGCGAAGUCACAUCCGGAACCUUGGUCAAGACUCAACCCGACACAGUUAUUUUUGGACAUGUUGAUGGAAAGGUCAGCAUGUAUUCCACUAUUGACUAUUCUUGUCUGGGAGUCAUCAACGUCAGCACCUGGAAGAUCAAUGCCCUAGUGAACGUUGGGAGGCAUGUCUGGGCUGCUUACAAUACUGGCAAGGUUUGUGUUUAUGAUGUUGAAGAGUCUCCUUGGACGGUCAAAAAGGAGUGGCUGGCACAUGACAACCCCAUCGUGAAGAUGGUGGCUGAUCCAUCGAGCGCAUACUUCCUAGAUCGGCUGCAAGUUAUCUCACUUGGUGCCGACAAUAAGCUCAAAGCUUGGGAUGGCCUCAUGCAGGAUGAUUGGCUCGAGGAUUCCAUGAAGUCAAAAGAUACACAGUACUGCGACUUCGAUGAUCUCAAGGCACUCUUCAUGACCUGGAACGCCGGCGCCUCUACACCAUCCAGUCUCCGUUACUCUGGCGCUGAUUCGACUUUCUUCCAAGACCUGGUCCAGUCAGCUGAUUCGCCAGAUAUUUUGGUGUUCGGGUUCCAAGAGUUGGUGGACUUGGAAGAUAAGAAGUUGACGGCCAAGAGAUUCCUAAAACCAAAGAAGAAGGAAGGUUCGGAUCAAGAGCGGAUGAGCCACCAAUACCGAGACUGGCGGGACUUUUUGAUGAAGACCCUGGACGACUACAUGCCGGCAGACGACCUGUAUCACCUCCUCCACACCGCACCGAUGGUAGGACUCUUUACUUGCGUCUUUGUCAAGUCGUCUCUCAGAGAUCGCAUUCGGAACCUAAGCGGUGCAGAGGUGAAGCGAGGUAUGGGAGGCUUACACGGCAACAAAGGUGCGGUGGCGGUGCGCUUUCGAAUCGAUGACACAUCAAUCUGCCUUGUCAACUGCCAUCUGGCAGCUGGGCAAACCCAAGCCAAUGCACGACACAGCGAUAUUGCAGCAAUCCUCGAAGCUCCUCUGUUCACAACCGAACGUGAUCCCGGGGUCCUCGUGGACACGUAUGUGGGUGGCGGUGACGGCAGCUUGAUUAUCGAUCAUGAACUCUGCAUCCUCAACGGCGAUUUGAACUACCGUAUCGACACCAUGUCGCGGGAUACUGUGGUGACAGCUGUCAAGCAAAACAACCUGAGCAAGCUACUAGAGCGCGAUCAACUUCUUGUCGCCCGCCGCCGUAACCCCGCAUUCAAGCUACGAGCCUUUGAUGAGUUGCCAAUCACGUUUGCGCCGACGUACAAGUACGAUGUUGGGACCGACACGUACGACACGAGCGAGAAGCGGCGAAGCCCAGCGUGGUGUGAUCGACUGCUGUUCAGAGGUCGGGGACGAAUCGAACAGCUAGACUACAAGAGACACGAAGUUCGUGUAAGCGAUCAUCGUCCUGUGACUGGGAGCUUCAACCUCUGGGUGAAGAAGGUGGACCCAAAGCGCAGGGCGAUCGCAUGGGUGGAAAGCCAACAAACAUUUGAAAACAUGCGAGAGGAAGAAACGGCCGGAGAGAAGAUUCUAUAUCUAGUAAACACGUGCGGGUUUGACGAGGUGACGAGCCAGAGGCUGGUCAAAGAGAAAUCAGCGAGACGAGACAACCGAAGUCCAAGUCGAAAGACCUAG